AUGAGGCAAAAAGAUCACAACAACAGUAACAGAUGUCUGCUUCGCUCCACCGCGGCCUCGGGUCACUUUGAGGAAAGGAGCCUUAGAGAAAGCUAUGCGGUCCUGAAAGCGUCCGGGGAGUGGUUCCUCUGCCCGCGGCGGUGCGGACGCUCGCUCCAGGCGGAAGGGUAUGGCGUUCACACUUCCUCCAGCCCCACGGUCCCCGCUUCUCUGCCCUCCCCUCUCCUCCCGGCCGUCCCCGGCCGCCUCCCCGCCCCGAGUCCCGUCCCCGCGACCCUCUGCCCCCAUCCGCUGGUAGUCUCCGUCCGUCCGUCCGUCCACCCCGCGGGAGCCGCGCUCACCGGACGCGCCCGGGUCCGCCUAGCUCGCCGGGCAGCCGCCGCCGCUCCCUGCACCGCCGCGCGCCGCCCCGCGCCCCCGCCGCGGCCGCGCGGCCCCACACCACGUGCCCCCACUCCCGGGGCCCGGAGCGGCGGGGCCCGCGCCUGUGCCCGCGGCGCGCGGAGAGGCGCGCCCCCGCGACGCUGCGCACGCGUGCAGUUUCCCGCAUCUCGGCGUUACCUGGGCGGUGUGGGUGAGGCGCCGGGACUGCGAGCACCUGAGUUUUUGCACCUCGGGACCCGUCGCGCGUGCUGCGGUGCGUCUGGAUUCCCCCGGGCAAGCCUCUCUCUUCCUCUUCGGCUCAGCGGGUCCUUCCGCUUGCUGACGCCUCCUGGGCUCUCUUUCGCCUUAACUUCUGUCCAGGGCCCUGCAGCAACAGCAUUUGAGGUGAAGAUGGAGCUCUUGGGAGAAAUAUAUUUUAGCUCAUUUAUGAAGAACUUUCAUUUUAUGUCCUUUUUGAGUGAAGGGAAAACUCCCUGGAACAUGUUCAGUGAGUCUACCAGGUUUACUUUGGGAAUUUAUCCUAACGAUGUAAUCAUGGCUGACUGCAAGAAUAACUCUUCAACAAGGAUCGUUAUCACAGAGUUGAGAGAAACUGGGGACAAUCUAAAUGCUCCCAAAAAGAGGAAUAAUGAAAUAAAUGAACAUAUUUGUAAAAAUGGAAUGUGUAGUCACUACAUUGUUACCAGCAAAACCAUUGAAUGUGGUGGGAAAUGUUCACAAUAUAUAGAUAAGCGAAAAAAGAAAAUUCUACAGCUCCUAGAGUAUGAUUCCAUUUUUGUGAAACAUCUGUUUUAUGCAGAGAAACAUAUCUCAGUGGUGAAGAUAUAUGUUACUUCCACUUCUUUAUGCUUUUGUGAAAUUUCCAAAUGUUUUCCAGGCUACAUGGUUUACUCUGAAAUAAAACAUAUUAAAAAUCCUAUGGUUCUCUGAUUUGUUUUGGAAGUUUGGAGGGUCAUAAUUUGGACUGUCAUCAACCAGUGAGUUUCCUUAAAGUGGAGUAGACCUGUCCUGGGAGGAUUCCUACAGACCUAGGAGGUGGAGGUAGAGGUAGAAAUGGAGGUGAGGGUAGGUUAGAGUGGCAGAUCCCAUGCAGCAAAGAAGUUCUGGGCCAAGAGACAAGCUUCAGAAGCAUUAGUCCAUUUUUCUAUUUUAUAAAUAACUCCUUGUGUACAUUAUUUUCAUGAACUCACAUCAAGCUAGGAGAUAAUGAAAGGUAUGCAUACUCUUUAAGGCUUAUACAACAUGAAUUUUUAGCAGCAGAGCCUGUCAGGGGGGCAGAAAAAGCCCAGGGCAUGGAUCAAUUUUCAGGACUUACGGAAUACUAAAAAAAAAAAAAAAGUAUAGAUGUACCAAAACAGUUUCAAAAGUUGUUGUGUUCUAAAAAUGCUUAUCUUGAGGAAAUCAGUACCUUUAACCCAGAGAAUACGAAACCAGGAAGUUAAAUUUCAUUUUGAGAAUAUAUUAAAAGCCUGGAUUUGAGAUCUUUGGUGAAUAUUUGGGUCCAGGCUAAAUUAGGCACUGCCUGGAAACCAUGUGGGGGGUGUGGAAUUAUUGAAAAACAUCGGAAAAUAUCCGGGAAGGAUUUUGGAAUUUUUGGUCCAGGGGAUUUUCCGUGUCUAAAGUGAAGACAAAAUACUGUUCUUCAAUUCUGAGAACUUUAUUUAGAACUGUGUUGAAAGGGGCCUUUCUCUGAAAGAUUUCAAUACAAAAGCACUGUAUUUUCUCAUCCGAUGACUUGGUGUCUUCCAUUUUCUAGAUUUUGACUAAUUUAAGGUCUUAAAAUAUAAAUGUUUCAACCCCUUUUAGUUAAUAAUUUUCUAUUUUUACCUUCCCAUCUAGCUUUUCAUCUCGUAGUUGGCCCAGUGAAAAUAAAGUGCAGUAAAGUCAGAAUUUUACUGCCUUUCCUAUGCUUCCCAAAUAGAGGGGAAAUCCUUGGAGGCCCAGGUUCUUGGGAAGCCAAACCUUAGCUAAAACUGGGACAUGUUUGCUUCUCUUGAAGAAUCCAUCCUGUAGGAAAACU